AUGAGCACAAUGGUGGAGAACCGCAGCACCAUCGCCUUCUUCGGGACCUUCAGGCCAGCGGUGGCGCUGGACCUCUUCUCAUGCCCAGUGAACCCGACGACAACGUCUGCGCCGGACGAGCAGCGCCUCACCGACGGUAAGUCGUACAACCAGAACGGCCAGGCCAUCACGCCGGCGGCUCUCAAGGAGCUCCUGGCCAAGAACAGCCCCGCGCUGGCCGGCGUUGCCACUCCGGAUGACGUGGACAAGGGCCGUGUCACCGGCAUCGUCUUUGUCUCCGAGAGGGACAACGGCCUGGAGACGCUCCAUGUGGCCCUGCGCGCCGCAGGCAAGACCACGGUGGUGUCGCUGGCCGACAUCUACGGCACCGACACCUUCGGCGGGGUCCGAAUGGAGGACAGCGGCUGCUUGGCCGGUGGCUUCCAGGUGGGCGGUCGCACCGUCGGGCACUCGCUGGUGUACGUGUCCACCAAGGAGCCGGCGGCAGCACGGCGCACUCCGUGGACCGUGGUGUACAAGACCAACCUUGCCGAUGGCAGGACGGAGCGCCUCACUCCGCCGGAUCAAUACGACCUGAACCCGGCCGUGUCGCCGUCCGGGAAGAGGGUGGCGGUGGCCAAUUUCCGGUUCAACCAGUGGACCGGCGAGAUCGGCCGCCUCAAGACCGAUAUCGUGGUGAUGAACGUGGACCGGCAGGCGCAGGGUGGGCUUGGGCGCAGCGUCCUCAUCAAGGACGGCGGGUGGCCGACGUGGGGCAGCGACACUGUCAUCUUCUUCCACCGAGGGGUGGAUAGCAUAGACACAGUCAGUGGGAGGACCAAUACUGACUGGGGUGUGUACCGGUACGACCUCACCGCCAAGCAGGACAAGAACAACCCCUUCAAGGUGACCCCUGACGGCAUCCAAGCCAUGACUCCGGCGGCCAUCAGCGAGACCAAGGUGGCGGCGGCCGUCACCCGGGAGGGCACCCGGAUAGCUAUAGCGGUCGUGGAUCGCGAUAAAAAGGAACAGUACCGUCACAUCGAGAUCUAUGAGGUCGGCAAGCCUGCCAGCCCGGUGAUAAUCACCCAUAGGACGGGCACGGUGCCCGAGGGGCUGGCAGACCACUACAGCCCGUUCGUGCUCGACGGCGGCAGCCGUAUCGGUUUCCACCGCCAGCUAACCAAGAAGGAGAAUACUACCGCUCAGAAGAACUUCAGCAAGCUGCAGAGCCCGGCGACGCACAAGGACGUCGGGAUCUACCGGAUGGCCGGCGUGUUCCCAAGCAUCCACAUGGCGGGCACCAAGAUCACCUACGUGGACAACGAGUUCAAAACCGUGUGGGUCGCCGACGAUGGACACGAGCCGCAAGAAGCCCAUACGGACAGGAGCAACAACAACAUCUUGUCCACAACGUGGAACCAAGGCAAGGACGAGGAAACGGGCAAGUUAAAGGACAUCGUCUACUUCUGCGUGGGCACGGCCUUCGGCACCGGCCCAAUACAGAUCUAUGCUCUCGAAGACGCCUCCAAUCCCUCACACAAUGAACGGACCAUGAGGCGCCUCACCAAGGGCAAUUUCAACAACGCCUUCCCCUCGAGCAACCGGGAUGGGAGCAAGUUCGUGUUCCGGUCGACGCGCGACAGAUCCGGUAAGCUGGAGGACGCCAAGUACAAGAACCUCUACAUCAUGGAGGACGCGGUAUACGGGGAGUGGAGUGAAGAUGAAGAAGGCACGGCAGUGAGGCAGCUCACUAACGGGCCCUGGAUCGACAGUCACUGCACCUGGUCGCCCACUGAUGAUUGGAUCGUCUUCUCCUCCUCCCGCGACAGGGCGGCUGGCGCGCCAGAGAGGGACAUCCUCGACGCCGGCUGCUUCUCCAUCUUUCUCGUCAAAGCCACCGACCCCAGUGUGUUGGUGCGGGUCAUGCACAGCGCCGACUCCCUGGCCGGCCAUGUCUGCCACCCCGUCUUCAGCCCCUUCAAGGACAGCAUCGUCAUCACCUCCGACGUCGCCGGCGUCUCGGCCGACCCGGUCUCUCUGCCCAUCUUCAUCCACUCCGUCAGGCCCUACGGCGACAUCUUCACCAUCAAACUCCGAGACAAGAAGGACAUCAUGAAGAACAAGGACAUCAUGGAGUUCGACCGCAUCACACACACCCGCUACGAGUACUCCACGCCCACCUGGACGACCUAUUUGGGUGACGACCCCAACAACAAGUGGAAAACGGCCGGUAGCGGUGCAGCGGAGUGCCCCGCCGGGAGGUGCUAG